AUGGUGUUCAUCAAAGAUAAAGUAAGUCUGCGAGAGCUCAUUGCCUCAAACCAGCUGGCGUGCUCUGUCUUGGUCCUCACCACUCAUAUAUUUGGCGAUAUGAAUGGCUUCAUUACAGUCAUCCGAUCUCCAUAUUUGUCGUGGGUAUCUGGCCCAGUCGCCGUACAAUCCCGUCAUAUACUAGCCGAUUGGGAGUUCUUAUUCCUGUUCUGCUUUCUUUUUACGUUUGCCCGCUCUGUCGUAGCCGUUCAAAUCCUCCAACCGGCGCUGCGAUAUGUGGGGUUCGAUGCCCAAGACUCCUCUCAUCUGGCGGCCCUAGGGUGGAAAAUACUAUCCCGUGGCGUCCUGAUGGUGUAUGCCAUGGGCCUUUGGUACGAAAGCUCUGAUCGUUUGAAUCCUCAGUGGCUCUUUGACAACUGGCCGCUACACUCAAUCUCUGAGUCAAUGAAAUAUUUAUUCCUGCUGCGCCUUGCAUUCUAUAUCCAUCAGUGUCUGAUCAUGGUUGUUGAGCCCAUACGAAGUGACUUCACCUCGAAAUUCCUCCAUCAUAUUCUCACCUGUGCGGUGGUUAUUGCCUGUUGCAAUAGCCGGGCUUACUCCUUAUUGUACAUCAUUCUCCUGACCGCUGAUCUUGCAGAUAUCCUCCUAGCCUUUGUUCAAAUCCUAAAAUGUCUGAACUAUGAGAAGAGCCUCCGGCUGUCCCUACUGGGCUUCAUUUUUAUCUGGAUAUUUACACGGCAUAUAAUGUUCUUAUAUUUCCACUGGGUGCUUCACCAUGCUCUACCUCUGGAGGGAGGCUGCCAAGUCGUGAUUACUGGGGGUAUGAUGCUCAAUCCUGAUGAUCCAAAGUGGGAGCAAAUCUCUCCCCAGACACAGCAAAACCGAAGCACGAUAUGCCUAUCGCAGGGCGUCAAACUGUCCUUGUCUGCUCGCAGUCGGAAGUGCACUUUCGGGGUUUUCCUCUUAAUAUUGCACCAGCUAUGCCGCCGGCUGCUUCUCCCUAAGCCGAUUACCAACAUUCCAUACAAUGUCGCAGCUUCCCAAAAGCUGCUUGGUGAUCUCCCCGAGCUUAAAGAUGAAAUGGAUCGAACCGGCGAUAUGAGGUCGUGGCUUUUGCAGCAGACAAUCAAAUUACAAUCUCCUCUCAUCCAACUAUUUCUCGAUCCCUUUAGCAAACCAAUUCUCAUUCUCAGCGACCCGCAAGAGGCACUGGACAUUCUCCUCUACCGCAAUCGAGACUUUGAUCGCGCCCCGAUGCUUUAUGAUAUCUUCUCAGGCUUAGCCCCUACCCAUCAUAUCGGCAUGAAGACCGGACCGGAGUGGAGAAGGCAUCGUGAUUUGAUCCAGCAUUUGGUCACCCAGCCGUUUCUUCAGGACACAGCAGGGCCUGCAAUCCAUGCGUCUGCCUCCCGUCUGGUCAGGCUUUGGAGGGCCAAGGCGAGACUAGCCAAAGGUGCGGCAUUCGCAGCUAAAAGAGAUUUUCAAUACAUGAUUAUCGAUGCCUUGAUAGAGAUUUGUUUCGGGAAGGACUUCCCCAACAAUGGAGUCUCGUCUCAAAUCGACCUUCUCGAAGCAGACCACACCCGAGCUCCCGAUGUCAAACCUCAAACACCGAUCACCUUUCCCGAGGCAAAUCCUCAUGAAUUCAUCUGUGCCCAUGAGAAGAUUACCGAGGGCAUUGAGCAUUGCGGAGGGUCUGUAUAUCCCCGACAAAUGUGGUGGGUGAUGUCCAAGCUACCUCGUCUGGCCAAUGCCCUCCGCAUAAAACGCAGAGUGACCAGAGAGCGCUUAAGAACGGCAGCCGCAACCAUCGCGCAGAAGAUGCCCUUGGCAGAUAGCUCUGGGGCAUGGUCGUCCGCAGAGUUCAUGGCUCACUACGAGAACAAGCUGUCGCAGCAGGAAUGUCGACAGCCAGAAUACAUUUCCCCUCCGAUGGAAGAUGAACUCUAUGGAUUUCUUUUCGCCGGGUCACAUACCAAUAUCCUAACUCUAGCAUGGGCGAUAAAGAUCGUCGCUGAUAAUCCCGUAUCACAAAGUCGACUGCGGGACUCACUACGUGCUGGCUUCCCCGAAGCCGUGCUGGAAAACCGUGCCCCUAGUCCCUCCGAGAUGACCUCUAGACAAAUACCAUAUCUAAAUGCGACUGUGGAGGAAAUCCUGCGUAUUUCUCCCGCCACCCUCCUAGUUGACCGGGUAGCGAUUCGCGAUACAGAACUUCUGGGGUACCAUGUCCCGAAAGGAACAUGCAUCUGGACAAUCCCAGCCGGCGCAGGAUUCACCUCCCCAGCCCACCAUAUCGGCGAGGAGAAGCGCAAUGCUUCCUCACGUUCCAACGCCAAACACAGCCGACGCUCUGCGUGGUCCGGGGAUGAUAUUGCCCAGUUCAUCCCCGAACGGUGGCUCCGGCCGUCCGCUGAGAAGCACGGCGAGCUGGUAUUUGAUCCCAGCGCCGGGCCGACCCUUGCCUUUGGGGCUGGUCCCCGGGGCUGCUUUGGGCGACCCCUGGCCUAUCUGCAGUUGCGGAUGACCAUCGCCCUUUUCGUGUGGAAUUUUGAGCUUCGGAAAUGCCCGGACUCUUUGUCGAGCUAUGAUGCCGUCGAUGGCCUUUUUCACAAGCCGAAGAGCUGCUAUGUUUCUUUGCGAGAGCUAUCGUAA